ACGUGAUAUUAUGUGAUAUCUCACCGACGUGUGGUCACGUAGUCACAGCCGUUCGCGUUCCCUUUCUGUCGCUUAGGCGUGGACUCUUUGACUGUAGGCCAAAGCCCGUUGAACAAAGAGCCACUCUACCAUUUGAUAGAGUAUAUAACCGCUCAUGUCGCUGGUAUGGAACCCGGGCCCUCUACCAGAAAUGCGCAAAUGCCAUUCGACAACUUUACCAGAACGCAAGGCUCUUUCUCGUCUUCCCUGGUUUCAAAACCGGAUACAGUUGUCUGGCAAAUGCCGCCUCCGUCCAACCCUGGUCUGCAGAGGCUUAUGGACAACGCCAAUAAAGAUGUCAGUCGGAUAAAUCCACCACCUUCCGAAAGUAACUGGAACUUUCUGCCGUCCGUAGUGGCCACAGAUGCCGUCGGCUCAAGUUCACGUCCAUCCACCCGUUUAUUAGACAAGCGCUUGCAUUCCAUCACAUCAUUCGAGAUCAAUCCAGCAAUCGCAAAAUUGGUGGAUCCUGUAAUGCUUAAAGGUGUAGCAGAUGCUGCUAAUCAAAAGGCGCAGGAGCGUUCACGCACUCUAGGUCUAGUGAUGAAAAGGAGAAAGAGCACUCCCAAGUCGACAAAAGCAGAGAAGUCCACCACUGGGAAAUCUCGAGCUUCUAGAGCAGUGAAUAGCGGUAUGAUAGAAAAAAGCCGCAAUGUUCCCAAACGUAAGGAGAGAGGAAAGACGAAAGAGAUCUCAGGAUCUUCCUUACUCCAGAAAUCAUGGACGCGUGAAUGUAGCACUUUCAAGCGGCCCGUGUUUGACGAUAGCUUCUCUAUUACGUCAUCAUCUACUUCAAGCCCAGAGGUGUUGGACGACUCUAUGUCAAUCGACGAAACUAAUUCACCCGACACCUCUCUUAUGUCCCCAUCGCCGCCUCUGCUCACAACCCGUUUACCUAAUCCCCAUACCACCCUAUCCCUAUCUGCUGAAAUUUCGAACGCACCUGCUGUCGACAGCGGGCGUCAACCCCCCCUGAGUAACGGGACACGUGCUCAAAGAGCUCGAAAUGCCCACAGCCGAGAGGCACGCUCUGUGCCUAUAGUCACUUCGAAAAUCCCACCGAAAGCAAUUCAAGUCCCGGCCCUACCAGUCGUUCCACCACCGAUGUCGCAUCCUCUUCCUUCGGCUAAUCCCCCUGCAUUGGGUAUGCGCCGAGUCAACUCCUUCCCCGCAAAGAACGUGAGACUCAUAGAUAAUAUUGGUGUUGUCAGAGACCUACCCACCAAACAGCGCCCGUUUAAAACACCGUUUCUUCCAACCACGCAGCGAUCCAACACCGGUCAGGCUCUAGCUGUAAAUGCGACGUAUCCUAAGACGGAGAAAAGUCCGGUAUCUCGAAUGAAUGAUGUUCAUCGCGAAGCAUUUGCUCACACAAUCGAGGAAACUGAACCACAUGGGAUGGUUUGCGAUGAUGCAGAAACCUCAUAUGAACACGACUCUUUCGAUAUGGAUGCGUUAGAGGAAACAUUGAAACAGUAUGAUUGA